AUGUCGGCCAAGCCUUGCACCAAGUGCGGAAAGAACGCUUACCCCCUCGAGUCCCUCAAGGCCGGUGACGACACCUACCACAAGCUCUGCUUCAAGUGCGCCGAGUGCAACGUCGUCCUCAACCUCAACACCUUCAAGAAGGCCCAGGGCAACAUCUACUGCGCCACCUGCACCCCCAAGCCCAAGGCUACCGCCGUCGCUGAUGACGUCCGCACCAAGUCUGCCCUGAGCGCCCCCAAGGUCCAGUCUGGCUUCGUCGCCGCCCACAAGGGUGACUCCCGUACCGCCCCCAAGGUGGCCGACUUCACCCAGGACAAGGUCACCCAGGCCGGUGAGUUCGAGUCCGACGCCGCCCCGUCGACCGCCGACACUGCCGCGUACAGGACCGACCGCGUCGGUGACCUCCAGUCCGGCGAGUUCGAGUCUGAGGCCCAGGCCUCGCGCGCCGACACUGCCGCCCACAGGACCGACCGCGUCGGUGACAUCCAGGCCGGCGAGUUCGAGUCGAACCCCCAGCACAGGACCUACGAGUAA